AUGACACUUGGAACUCUUCGUGAUCAGGUCAUUUAUCCCGAUCGAGCCAGCGACAUGGGUCGAAAGGGUUUCACAGAUCACGACCUUGAAGAAAUGUUGGAUAAGGUGCAAUUGUCUCAUAUUCUGGUUCGCGAAAACGGUUGGGAUGCGGUUCAAGAUUGGAUGGACGUGUUAUCAGGUGGAGAAAAGCAACGAAUUGCGAUGGCACGACUUUUCUACCACAAGCCGCAAUUCGCUAUUCUUGACGAAUGCACUUCAGCUGUUAGCGUAGAUGUAGAAGGUAAGAAAUUUCAAUAA